AUGUUUGUCUCGUCGCUGCGCAAGCAGGUGCCGGUCGAGCACCACGCGACGUACCUCCUGUCGCACCAGUCGCUCGAGUACCUGCGCGAGCCGAUGGGCAUGACGAACAAGCACGUCGGGUACGUGUUCCUCGUCGACUGGAACAAGAAGAUCCGGUGGGCGGGCUGCAGCUGGGCGACCGAGGACGAGGAGGAGGCGCUGAGACGGUGCGGCGGCUCGCCCCACCCGUCCAACGCCGUCAACGGCGGCCCGCUCCCGCCCCACUGGGCCCAGCAGCUCACGCUCGCCCAGACGAGCCGCGCCACCAACUCGCCCCACCACCACGCCCGCGCCGCUCACCUCGCCGCCCGAGGCCAGAGCACCAACGCCAUCCCGAUCACCGACCCGAACCGGCCGGGCAGCGCCGCGCCUGGCGGCGGCAGCAGCAGCAUCGGCGGCGCAUCCGGCGCAAAGGGCGGCCUCAACGGCCUCCACCGCAAGGACGCGAGCCUCGAGGAGCGCAGCGCGAGCGCCGCGUCGACGCGCACGACCUUGAGCAAGGACGCGUCGAGCCCCGGGCUCGCCGCCGCACGGCUCGACGGUGGCGCCGCCGGCGACGACAAGAAGGAGGGCAAGAACACGUGGACGACGAUCGACAUGGGCGGCAUGAACCUCAAGAACCUGUCGAGCGCCCUGUUCCGGUACUCGUUCUUGACGACCCUGUACAUCCCGCACAACGCCCUCACCGAGCUCCCGCCAGCCAUCUGCAAGCUCGAGAACUUGACGCUCCUCGACGCGUCGAGCAACAAGCUGUCGACCCUGCCCGCCGAGCUCGGCCUCCUCACCCGCCUGCGCGACCUGUUCCUGUUCGACAACCACCUGUCGUCGCUCCCACCGCAACUCGGCACCCUCCACCUCCUCGACACGCUCGGCGUCGAGGGCAACCCGCUCCCCGAGACGUUGCGGUCCCUCGUCGAGAAGGACGGCACGGCCGCCCUCAUCGCCUACCUGCGCGACUCGUGCCCGGUCCCGCCGCCGCCGCCCGAGCGCGCGUGGCUCGCCAUCGAGCCCGACGUCCUCCCGCAGCCGGACAAGCGGCCCGAGGAGACGUUCUCGCUCCUGUGCUACAACAUCCUGUGCGACAAGUACGCGACGGGCCAGAUGUACGGCUACACCCCGUCCUGGGCCCUCAACUGGGACUACCGCAAGGAGUUGAUCCUCCAGGAGGUGCUCAACUACGGCUCGGACAUUGUCUGCCUCCAGGAGGUCGACGUCGAGCAGUACGAGACCUACUUCCUCGAGCACCUGUCGGCGCAAGAGUACGACGGCGUCCACUACUCGAAAUCGCGUGCGAGGACCAUGUCGGGCGACGAGAAGCGGUCCGUCGACGGCUGCGCGACCUUCUUCAAGAACACGGUGUUCGCGCUCGUCGAGCAGCACCUCGUCGAGUUCAACCAGAUCGCCCUGAGGCGACCCGACUUCAAGAAGACCGAGGACAUGUUCAACCGCGUCAUGACCAAGGACAACAUCGCCGUCGUCACGCUCCUCGAGCACCGUGCGUCGGGCGCACGUCUCAUCGUCGCCAACGCCCACAUUCACUGGGACCCCGAGUUCCGCGACGUCAAGCUCGUCCAGGUCGCCAUGCUCAUGGAGGAGAUCGCCAAGGUCGCCAACGACUUUGCGCGCCUCCCGCCGCGCAUGAACCUCGGCGAGGGUCACGACAAGGCGCCACACUACUCGAACGGGUCCAAGAUCCCGACCAUCAUCUGCGGCGACUUCAACUCGACGCCCGAGAGCGGCGUGUACCAGUUCCUCCAGUCGGGCCGCAUCGCCAACGACCACGACGACUUUGGCGACCACGUCUAUGGCGUCUACACCCAGGAGGGCCUCAACCACCGCCUCGGGCUCAAGAGCGCCUACUCGCACGUCGGCAGCGGCGCAGGGUCCGAGCUGCCCUUUACCAACUACACGCCCGGGUUCAAGGGCACGAUCGACUACGUCUGGUACACGGCUCAGUCGCUCGGCGUCCAAGGCCUCCUCGGCGAGGUCGACGGGCAAUACCUCGCGUCGACCGUCGGCUUUCCCAACGCCCACUUCCCGAGUGACCACAUCUCGCUCCUCGCCGAGUUCAAGCUCAAGUAG